AUGGCGCCGAGCCGGAAAAGAAAAGCGCGCUUCUCCACAAAUACAUCCCUCGAUUUACUCAAUAAUGUCUCCUCCACAACUCCGGCUAACAGGAGACACACUGCGCGACACGACAGUGUCUACGAUAUCCCCAUCUCGCCCGAACGACGAAAGCCUUCCCGCAAAAGCGAACCUCCUCUAUUAAAGAGACCUCGUACCCGUCAGAACAAAAGCACUCCGACCCCCGAACCGGCUGAUACCCUUGAGCCCAAUCGCGAACCGGAGAGCGUUGAAGAAGCGGAGGCAGAGCAGCCGUCAUCCGACGCGGACGACUACCAAGAUGCUGAGUUGAACUUAUUUUCGGCUGAUGAAGAGGGGGAAGAAAAGGAUAGUCGUGCAGAUGAUCCUCGACCCGAAGGAACCGGGGAGCUCUUCGAACAUUGGGAAGACAAUGGCGAUGAGGGCCAGGAAAACGAAGCUGAAAGAGAAAUGGAGGCAGAAGGCAUCACAGAAAAUACCGACACUAUGCCAAGGCAAGACAACGCAGAAGAUACCGCAUAUUCCGAUCAGAACGAAGAGGGCCCAAAUGACGAUUAUUCGAUCCAGUCUCAGGGUUCUCGUCAACUUAUGCCAUUACGAAACAACGUUGAGAUAGUGAUCGACAAUAGUCCAUCGGCCCGUAGCUAUCUAUCCCAUGGGUUUGCUGAGACUAUUCAUGAUGAGACUAUUCAUGAUGAGACUAUUCAUGAUGAGACUAUUCAUGAUGAGACUAUUCAUGAUGAGACUAUUCAUGAUGCUGAUUAUCAAGACUUUGAAUCCCAGAAACAACUGGCCAAGCGAGUAUCAGACAACCGGAAAAAAGAAACCGAUCCAAAUAUACAACUUAUUCGUGAUCUCCGCCACUGGUUUGGCCGGGAAAUCGGGAAAACCAGUGUGGGUCCUGGCUGGAACAAGCUCAAUGAAAAAGGACGAGGCUUGAAAGCAUAUGCCAUAUCGCCACGGCCGAAAUAUCUAGAAUUUCUCUACCAGCUUUUCGCUGAGUAUCGAACUCUCUACAAGGAAGCUAUAGAACAUGGAGGUGUCACCGAGCGUCUCGGGAAACAGCUCCAGAAUAUCAAAGAAUCCAUUGUGACAGAAGUCAGGCAGCUCUUCGAGCAUGCAUCGGAGAUGCUCCAAGAAUCCAGUGUGCUGGAUCAGUUUGAAGCGCAUUUUAUACCGAAAAUGGUCAUCCUGACCCAACUUGGGUUCCGGGUAUACCGAAUGACAGAUGGGCGGGCCCAUGACCAACUCCGUCACGCAUUAGAUCUGAUGUCGGUAUGCAUAGGUCUAAUCAAACAAUACAUGGGACUGCUUUCACCAAUUUACCGAUCUUUCUCCCUUGCUCAGCCACUCCAGCGUGUUAUCAAAGCCUUGGAAAAUGGUCAGCUGAGGGACCACUCGCCCGUUGAGACCAACGACCAGCACCAUUGGGCCGAUAUCCCACCUGUUACUCAUCGUUGGACUGUGAAUGAGGAACGAGUGUUGAGAUAUGGGAUGGUUAAAUAUGUUGAUGACGGUCAGUAUCCCCCCCCCCCCCCCAUUCUUCCCAUCCCAUCCGUGAAAACAUUCUGA